AUGGACAGAGCAAGACGCGACUAUACAGUGUGCAGACAGCGAUGGUGGUGGUUCUCUGGCUGGUUGCCCUCCUGGUGCCCCACGUCACCGUCUCAUCUCAGAAACGCCGAGGACAGAAUUCUCUGCCCUCUCACACACAGCUUCAGCCGACGACAUGUUCCGAUAUCUAACGGGAACUACAUCUGGACCCUGAGCUGUAAUGAGACUCACGAUUCUGAGAGUUCUCAGGUCCCGGUGGUGCUGCUGCAUGGGUUUGGGGGUGGAGUGGGAUUGUGGGUAAAGAACCUGGCUGCUCUGGCUCUAAGCGGGAGAACCGUGUACGCUCUGGACCUGCUGGGCUUCGGCCAGAGCAGCCGACCCAUGGCAGGCAGCCACGCCCAGGAAGCUGAGGAGAAGUUUGUCCAAUCGCUGGAGGAGUGGCGGGAGGCAGUAGGGGUGGAGCUUCUGAUUUUGUUGGGUCAUGACCUUGGAGCGUUCGUCUCCACUGCGUACGCUCUGACACACCCACACAGAGUGAAGCACCUGAUCCUGGUGGAUCCAUGGGGAUUCUCAGAAAGGCCCGAGGGGCAGGAGUUCCGCUACAGGAUCCCCAUGUGGGCCACAGCUCUGGGAAAAGCAAUGAACCUGCUCAACCCCCUCUCGCUGCUCAGACUGGCAGGCCCACUGGGUCCUUUGUUGCUACAGACUCUCAGGUCAGACUUUAAACAGAAAUAUUCGUCUCUCUUUGAUGAUGAUACUGUACCUGAUUACCUUUACCAUCUUAAUGCACAAACACCCAGUGGAGAGACAGCAUUCAAGAACAUGACCGUCCCGUACGGCUGGGCCCAGCGCCCCAUGAUGCAACGUAUGGGAACGAUCAAUCCCACAAUCCCAAUUUCCAUCAUUUGUGGCUCCCGCUCCUGCAUCGAUGACCAAUCAGGACACGCCAUUCGCAAGUUGCGACCCAACUCACAGACAGACAUUAUUGUCAUCAGAGGGGCGGGGCAUUAUGUGUUUGCAGACCAAUCAGAAGAUUUCAACGAGGUCGUACUGAAGAUAUGCGCAGAUGUGAAGAAUGAAGGAGAGGCCUCAGUGGAAAAGACUGAAAAAUGGAAAGAGAAAGGGGAAGAGUGAAGAGUGAGGGGAUAAAAGUGCUUUCUUUUGCUGUUUAUUUUAUAAAUGUGACGCAACAUGAUACUUACUGUAAUGAAUACUCUAUUAAAAACAAACCAAAGAAACAAACAAACCAAAGAAAUCCGUGAGGGCUUCUAGCUGGUUUACUAAUGACUCACCAGCGCCCCCGUGUGUCCACACUAAAUCAUUACAACUUUCCAUAAAAAAAAAAGACUCAAAAAACAGAAAAACUCAAAAUAAAAAUAUAGAUAUUAUAUUAUUUCCCCCCUCAGAGAUAUAAAAUUUAAAUAUUUUUCCUAAGUGUAAUAAACAAGAAAUGUUUUCAUUGCAUAA